CAACAAACGAUUAGAAGAAGCGUGACGUACGCCGGCACAGGGUUGCGAAGCGGUGAGGUUGAGCUGAUGCGAGUGCGCCCGGCGAAGGCGGGAGAGGGGCGAUACUUUGUGAAGGUGCCGAGCGUGCGAGCGAGCUAUGAGCUAGCAAACGAAGAUGUGCGCUUGAGCUCGGAGUUAAAUGGUGAUUUCGUAGUCCGUGGGGCUGAACACUUGUUGAGCGCGCUCGAGGCGAUGGGAAUCGACAACUGCCGCAUCGAACUUGAGGGCACUGGCGAGGUUCCCAUUAUGGACGGGAGCGCAUCUUCGUACGCGUACGAUAUUUGCUGCGUGGGACUCACUCCGGCUCGCGCCGUGGAUGGUGGCGAAGUUCCGCGUAUGGCUUGGAAAAUCACUGAAAACGUCAUGGUGCAAGAAGGCGACGCUUUUAUGAUGUUCAACGUCGACGACGUGAGUAAGCUCACGUACGGUAUCGAUCUCUCGUACAAAACUACCGCCAUCGGUAAACAGUGGGAAAGCUGGACGCCGACUGAGGACGCGCCUUAUGUUUUCCACGUCUCGCCGGCCAGAAUGUUUGGGACUAUGAACGAUUUCACUGCGUACUACCGCGCUGGCUAUAUUAGAGCAGGUCUAGAAGAUUGUGCUCUCAUCGCAAACGGGGAUCAGUACUGGAACGCACCUCUUCGUGUGAAUAACGAGCCGGCGCGUCAUAAGAUUCUCGAUUUGAUUGGUGAUUUGUCUCUGCUCGCCGAGCCCGGGAUGAGCGGCGUUCCGGUCGGGCACGUCAUCGCUUACAAAGCUGGCCACAAGUUGCAC